AUGGCAGCAGCUUAUGCUUCUCCUGGAAUGGUUUCCUAUCUUAUUCUUAGUGGAGCGAAUAUUGAAUCAAAAGCUGAUACAGAAGCAACUCCUCUUAUUGUAGCAUCAGCAGCUGGCAAACUUGGAAAUGUUGUACAAUUAGUUCGUGCAGGGGCAAAUAUAGAAGCAAAAGAUAAUCAUGGAUUUACACCAUUAAUAAUGGCAUCAAUACAUGGAUAUCUUGACAUUGUGAAAUAUCUCGUUUCUGUCGGAGCAAAUAUUGAAGCUAAAGAUAACAAAGGAUUAACAUCUCUUUAUAUUGCUUUCAAAAUGGAGCAUAAAGAUGUUUGUAUGUAUCUUUUAUCUGCUGGUGCUAUUGUAGAUAAUAUGAAGAUCAUGAUUGAAGUUCAUAUAUAA